GAAAUUAUUAACAUGAGACUUUAACGAGACUUUUUUUAAAUAUAUAUAUUUGUAUUUUUAUUUUGAAAAAUGCUCAUGGCAUCGGCCGUUGUGGUUUGGGAAUGGCUGAACGAGCACGGCCGCUGGCGACCCUACAGCCCGGCCGUGUCGCAUCACAUCGAAGCGGUGAUCCGAGCAAACCCGCGGGGAGGGAGCGUGGUUCUCGGGCAGGCUGACGGGAAGCUGGCCCCCUACCUCAUCGACCUGCAGUCCAUGCAACAGUUCAGACAAGACACGGGCACGUUGCGUCCCGUCCGCCGCAGUUUCUAUGACCCCACGUCGGCCCCGGGGCAGGGCGUGGUCUGGGAAUGGGAGAACGAUUCCGGCUCGUGGACCCCCUAUGACAUGGAGAUCGGGAUCCCCAUCCAGGCGGCCCGGGACAGGCAGCAGCCCUGGCUGGACCUGACCCCCAUCGGCUUCUGCUACAUCAUUGACUUCACCUCCAUGAGCCAGGUCAACCGCCAGACUCAGAGGAGACGACGCAUCCAACGCAGGCUGGACGUGGCUUACCCGUUAGUGAGCGGGACCCUGCCCAAAUCCCAGUCCUGGCCCGCCGCUGGGACUGGCACAGCGGGAGGAGCAAGCAGCAGCGCCAACAUUACCCCCACCACCCCACAGCCUCCCUGCAACUGCCAGCAGUGCCUUUUGGUGAUGAGCGUUAAGGCAGCAGCUACUGCCGCCUCUACUCUCAGCCCGCAGGGUCGCAAAGGCAAAGGGAGCCCCAGCCUGGGAGCCAGGAACGGGAGCCCCAGGUCUUCCUCUCUCGCCGCUGCUGCAGGAGGGACUCGCGGAUCUGCCAGCGCCAGCGCCCCUGUCCUGUCUUCCGCUGGUCCGCUCAGCCCCAGGGCGGUUAAGGCUCCCGCAGCCAGCACAGGCACCCUGUCCCGUGCCGGUCUCGCCACGCUGAGCCGCCCUGCGCUCCAGAGGAUUGCCAUGGCGCAGUCCCGCGCCCUCAUCGCUUCGGGGGUGCCCACGGUACCAGUAAAGAACUUAAAUGGUUCCAGUCCAGUUCACCCAGCGCUGGCAGGUAUCACAGGGAUUCUGAUGAGCGCGGCCGGUCUGCCCGUGUGUCUGACCCGCCCCCCCAAACUGGUCCUGCACCCCCCGUCUGUGAGCAAGAGCGACAUGAAGCCCGUCCCGGGGAUCGGAACCUCCUGCCGCAAGACCAGCAAGAAGCAGGCACGCCAGGGUAAAACUCCGGAGGAGGUGGUGAAGAAAUACCUUCAGAAAGUGCGGAACCCCCCAGAAGAGGACUGCACUAUCUGUAUGGAGAAGCUAGCCUCUCCAUCCGGCUACAAGAAUGCUCCCGGUCAGCCGCUGGUCAAGCCAGACCUGGUGGGCAAGCUGACCAAAUGCGGCCAUGUCUACCACCUGCACUGCCUGGUGGCCAUGUACAACAAUGGCAACAAGGAUGGCAGUCUGCAGUGUCCCACCUGUAAGACUAUCUACGGGGUGAAGACAGGCACCCAGCCCCCCGGCAAAAUGGAGUACCACGCCAUCCCCCAUUCCCUCCCGGGACAUCCCGACUGCAGAACCAUCCGAGUCAUCUACAACAUUCCUCCAGGGAUUCAGGGACCCGAACACACAAACCCGGGGAAGCCCUUCACUGCACGGGGAUUCCCUCGACACUGCUACCUCCCUGACAAUGAGAAGGGACGCAAGGUGUUAAAGAUGCUGCUGGUUGCCUGGGAUCGGCGGUUGAUCUUCACCGUGGGGGUUUCCAGCACCACGGGAGAGUCCGACACGGUCAUCUGGAACGAAGUCCACCACAAGACGGAGUUCGGCUCGAAUCUCACCGGGCACGGCUUUCCCGAUCCCAACUACCUGGACAACGUGCUGGCGGAGCUGAGCGCCCAGGGCAUCACGGAGGAGAGCAUCCGGGAAUGAGGGAGGGGGGAGCCCACGCAGAGUGGAGAGCAGGGCUGGGAGAGAGCGGGACAGCAGGGAUGGGAAUGAGACUCCCACUGCAUGGCGGCUUCAUCCACCAUGAGUUUCACACACAAACUCCAGAGCUUGUUACCUAGACACACUGGGGGCUGAUCAAGCUGGUAGUAAAACCUGGAAUGGGUGACACUGCUGUGCAAUAGGAGUUGUAUUACCAUCCCUGCAAUGUAAUUCCAGUACUGUCCAACUGCAGUUACAAUGUAAUUCCAGUUUAGACCAGUCCAGUCCAGUCUAGUUGUAUUCCCCUACAACCCCCUUCCAGUUUAUAGCAGGUGAUUAUGGCCCAUUCUGUACCAUGCACCCCUCGGUUCUCGCAAAGUGGUAUGGUCAGUACGUUGUUUCUUAACCUGAAGUUCGGUACGGCCUCUGAUAUUCGGGGCUUCGCAUUAACGCUGCCUCCUAGUGGUGGGAGGGUUGCGUUGCACUUCCAAUGCAGUGUUCUGUAAAACGGGUUUAAAUCCUUGUGAGUUUUUAAUUGGCUGUUUUUAAAUCUGAUAAAACAUAUACUUGAUAUAGUGUAACUUAUCUGUAUAAAGUUGUUAUCUAGUGCGCUGGGCAGAGCCUGGCUGUGCUGUACUGUACGCAGGGCAAUGCUGGCGAGGCCACACUGUAGAACACUGAUAUACAACCCUACAGCAGCUACCCAACAUGGCAUCUGUAUAAAUCUGUACUCUAGCACAAUAGGGCUAGGCUUGCGUGACCAUUCCAUUUAAUAAACCUGACAGCGAUACCUUGCAUUGGGAGUGUGAUGUUACCACAGUGCCAUCUAGUGUCAAGGCGAGGUACUGCCAUGGCAGUGUUAUAAUGGGCUUCAGAACGUCGGUGAAUUAGUCUGUGUAUCUGAAGUGACCGACGGCAAUUCAAGUUGGUAGAGACGCGCUUUUAAAAGUGUGUUUUGAGAAGGAUGCAUUCUUGAUCCGGAAAAUGAAAACUGUGAUUGGAUACUUGCUGAUUUUAUGUGAAUGCUGCUUUUUUUUAUUUUAUAUAUUUCGCUAUCACUGCCAUAUCAAGUUGAGAUCCAGUCCACCCCAGUUUGGUCCAGUUUAGGACCGGUUUUAAGCCUGUACUGUAACGUAUGAAAUGUUUCUUUUGUAGGUAUCUCUGUAACAGAACUGACUCUUUGUUUUCCAAUUCUUCUUCUUCGUCAUCUCCUCUCUCUCUCUCUCUCUCUCUCUCUCUCUCUCUCUCUCUCUCUCUCUCUCUCUCUCUCUCUCGUAAGAUGCGGAGAACAAAAAAUGUAAAAUGAAAAAAAGAUAAAUGUCUGUCUAGUAGCUGGAGGUCGAAUGUUUAGCAGUCUGAUGUUUGGGUGGCUCACUUUUCAGUGAAGAAAUUGAUUAGAAAAAAACAUUGCUUCUGUAGUUUUGAUUCGUUCUGCAUGUGAAAUCAAAGCCACUGGAAAACUAGGAAAAUUGGCAGGCAAAUUAGCGAUGGUCAAAUUGAAUUGAUGACUUUAAUAGGCUACCCAUGCAAUUCAUUUCAAACAGUCAGAGAAAAGGAACACGGAGCCUAUAUAUAUAUGUAUA